AUGACGUUUCACAAUUUCAUUGUACCGCAAAAAAUAGGUUCUAGGUUCGAAUCUCGAGAGGUGGGAUCGUGGAUUUGUACUGCUGAAAAGUUCCAUACUACGAUAAAACGGCCAUCUAGUGCUUUAAGUGAUCAAUUUUGGUGGUUUAUAUUCACUCAAGUUGACAUAAAUCAUAAUGGGAAAAUUGAUAAAAAUGAAUUUAAAGAAUAUAUGAAUAAAUAUAUUGGAGUAAUUAGUCGUAAAGAUAUAGAAAAAGUAUUUAAAUAUUGUGAUCGUGAUAAUAAUGGAACGAUUGAAUAUGAAGAAUUUAAAAAAUAUAUGCUUUGUGAAUAA